GUGGGGCCGCGAGUAUCGUUGUCGCCGGCGAUGUCGCUCGGGGAGAAGGAAAUGGCGGCGCCGGAGGGGCAGCAACGGCAGGCAGGGGGAGGAGGAGAGAGCGGCGGCGGCGGCGGGAGGAGGAAGGAGGAGGAGGAGGAGGCGGCGGCGGGGAAGGGGAAGGGGGGAGUGCGGUACGCGCGGUGCUUCUCCGGGCUGGAGCUCAGCGGCGUGGGGCCGGGGUCGCUCCGGGACGUCGACGCCGGGAGGCUGAAGAGCCAGAUCAGGAAGUGGGCCAAGGCCGUCGUCGCCUACGCUCGCCAGAUCAGCUUCGGCUCGCCGAGGGCGGCCGCGGCCAGGUCCCGCUCCUCGGCCUCUUCCCGCGGCCGCGGGGCCAUGUCCACCCGCGCCCGCGACGGCGACGGUGACGGCGGCGAUAUCGAAACUGCACCGUGAAGCCUCGUGUCCUCGUCCUCGCUCACCUCUCUCUCGGUCAAGUCUUUGUAAAUUGUGAUGAUCCCAUAUUUUUCUCUUUUUUCUUCUUCUUCUUUUUUGACUUUUUACCGUGGCGCCAGAGUUCAAUUUGUUUUGUUUUUCAAUAAAUUCAUUCAUUCUUUCAUGCCUCGAUUAUGUCGUGUUAACGUGUUUCGCUUUCUUUCUAUUGCUUCUCUCUCUCUCUCUGUCCAAGAGUUUCUGAUUUAUUUUGAGACUACUUCGGAGGGGUGGAAGUUAUCAA